AAGAGGGUUUUCUUCGGGGGCUUCAAUGCUUAAGAAAAUGGGGCUUGGUUAUGUUUUGGGGGAACUGUCUUAAUGAUAUUUUACGGAAUGAAUGACAUCUAGAAUAAAAAAGGCAACUUCCCCGGGACGUUUGCCUACCAUAGUUUUACGUAGUCGGUAACUCUCCCGGGGCAUUUGCCUUUUGACAAUAUAUCAUGUCGAUAUCCGUACUUUUAGUUGUAAUAACAUUCACUAUGUAAAAUGCUUUAUUACGGAAUGAACAAUAUUGAAAAUAAAAUGCGUAUCCUUGUUUUACGUUUAAUGCACAGGUAUAAAAAUAACACAUUUACAAAUUAUAAAUAUACGUUAAAUUAUGUUCCCUUCGGAAACCUCUCAUAAAUUACUUGACCAAUGCAUUUUACCAGCUUUACACAUGCAAAAUUUCGUGCGUUAUCCGACCUCGUGCUAAAUUCAUAAAGUGACCAGAAGCGUUGCACAAUGGACGUCGACGAGCGCUCUACAUCAUCCUCUACAUCAUCCGGUACAGCUAAUGCCGGAAAUUUCAGGAGAAGAAUUAUUAAUCCGGACGAAAUAAACAUAUGUGAUCUAGAUAAUCCAUGGAACUUUUUCAACCUCAUGAACCAGGAUGAUUCCACUCUGAAUAAAUGGCUAAUUGAGAAUCACUUUAUGCUUGGAACAAUUCCUUGUACAAAAGCUGAUAGUGCUUCUUGUACAUGUUCAGGAACUAUGAGAGUAAGUCAGCGGGCUGGGAGAAUAUCGGGGGCUUCAUUGCGCUGCAGUAGAAACCGCAACCACGAGCUUGCCAUUAGGACAUACUCCUUCUUUGAAGCUUCCAAACUUUGCACUCAGGACAUUUUUAUGUUUAUCAAAUGUUAUCUCGAUGGAUUGUCCUUGAGGCAAACUUCCCUGUUUGCUGGAGUGAAUUACAAAUCAACUGCGGUGGAUUGGGCUUCCUUUAUUAGAGAGCUGUUUAAGGAGCAUUUCCACAGAAACAUCAAGCAACGAAAGUUCAACGGGGAAGUGGAAAUAGAUGAAUCUUUGUUUGGUCGGAGGGUGAAAUACCACAAAGGCAAUCCAAACAAAGGAUUGAAGGUAAUAUUAUUAUAUUACAUAAUUUUAUAUUAUAAGUAAUGAAUAUUGAUGUAUCUAUCUUAAAUCUACCAAUGUCUACUGCAAUAUAUAUAUAUAUAUAUUUAUUUAUUCAUUUAUUUAUUUAAAUAUAAUUUAUAAAAAUAUAAUAUAUAAAUAUAAAAUAGAAAUAACAUAUGUAAAUAAUUGAUAAUUUAAAAUUGAAAUUACAAUACAAAAUAAAUGAAAUGAAAUUUUAAAAAUAGUUUUCUUUAAAACCCUUGCUGUUCCUUUAACAAUUUUAACAAUUUAAUAACAUUUAGAUUUAAUUAUCAGGUAUGGGUGUUUGGCUUGGUCGAAAGAAGCUCCAACA